AUGUGCAUAACUUUUGUAUACGUUGAGCACAAUCCAGACGCCAAAUAUAAAUUGAUUCUGCUAAAUAAUCGUGAUGAGUUGCUCAAUCGGCCAACCAGUACCGCCAAAUGGGAAAAUGGCAUCCUUGCUGGGCGCGAUGAGAGAGAAAGUACACGUGGAACGUGGUUGUGCAUGAAUGCCACUGGUCAUAUUAGUAAUUUACUGACAAUCACCGUACCCAUACAUCAAAUGAAACCAGAUUCUCUUACCAGAGGAGCACUGCCGAUAAAUUUUGUGGAAUCAAACAAAAAACCGGAAGAAAACGAAUACGAUCAGUAUGAAGUUGCGGGCCUAAUGUAUCAGUCGAGUGAUAAAAUUGAAAUUACCAGAUACCCACCAGGUGUUCACGGUUUUAGUAACAGCCCAUCAUAUGAGCCGUUUAAAAAAGUGCAACGGGGUGUAGAAAAAAUGAGUGGUAUUAUUGAAGAAAUAAACAGCAAAAAUCUUUCAGAAGGAGAAAUUAUUGAACGCCUUCUACAAUUAGCUACUGAUAAAUAUCAAUGUUUUCCAGAUGAUCAAUUAAAGCGGCGGUGUGGUCGAUCCAACGAACUUUGUAAGUAUCGUGCCGCCGUUUUUGUGAGGUAUCCUGAUGGGAUUCCUUAUGGCACUAGGUCGCAUACAAUUAUUGUUGUGGACCAUAACAAUCGGGCCACAUAUUAUGAGAAAUCGAUGGAGACAGGAGCGGGGAAGGCGAGCGAAGCCACUUGGACUGAGCGGAUAUUUCACUUUGAACUUAUCUAA